AUGUCUGCUGCAUUGUUCUUGCUGGCGGCUUUGGCGCCGGCGGCGUGGGCUCAGGCCAACACUAGCUAUGUGGACUAUUCGACGGAGCCCCAACCCAAUCUCGAUGCUUGGACUCUGGCGACAAUUGACCUUUCCUUCCCUGACUGCUCCAAGAGCCCAUUGAACAAAACCCUGUGGCGCUUGUUUCGAUGUUUACGUUUCGAGGAGCUUGUGAAUAGCACGGGUAACAACAUCCCAGGAAUUCCUCGUCUCGGUCUACCACCAUAUCAGGUGUGGAGUGAGGGCCUCCAUGGGCUGGACCGCGCCAACUUCUCGGACUCGGGCGACUAUAGUUGGGCCACCUCGUUCCCUUCUCCCAUUUUGUCCAUGGCCGCCCUGAACCGCACCUUGAUUAAUCAGAUCGGUGGCAUUAUUUCAACCCAGGGCCGCGCAUUUAACAACGUCGGUCGGUAUGGUCUGGAUGCAUACGCGCCAAAUAUCAACUCUUUCCGCCAUCCCGUCUGGGGCCGUGGUCAGGAGACUCCCGGUGAGGAUGCCUACUGCCUGUGCUCGGCCUAUGCCUACGAGUACAUCACCGGUAUGCAGGGUGGAGUGGACCCGGAGCACUUGAAGCUCGUGGCCACGGCUAAGCACUAUGCCGGAUACGACAUCGAGAACUGGGGUGGCCACUCUCGUCUGGGUAACGAUAUGAACAUUACCCAGCAAGAUCUGGCAGAGUACUUCACUCCUCAAUUCCUCACUGCAGUUCGCGAUGCGCGGGUACACAGUGUCAUGUCAUCGUACAAUGCGGUCAAUGGCGUGCCAAGCUCGGCCAACUCGUUCCUCCUGCAGACUCUCCUUCGUGACACAUGGAACUUUGUGGAAGACGGAUAUGUCUCAUCCGAUUGCGAUGCGGUGUACAACGUCUUCAAUCCACACGAGUAUGCUCACAAUGUCUCCAGUGCGGCAGCUGACUCCAUACGCGCUGGGACGGACAUUGAUUGCGGAACAUCUUAUCCGUACUACUUGAAUGAAUCAUUCAUCCAGGGCGAAAUCUCCCGGAGCGAGAUCGAGCGUGGAGUCAUCCGACUUUAUUCGAAUCUCGUGAGUCUGGGUUACUUUGACGGCAACAAUAGCGAAUAUCGCAACCUUGAUUGGUCUGACGUUGUCACUACUGACGCAUGGAGCAUCUCAUACGAGGCUGCCGUGGAGGGUAUUGUUUUGCUCAAGAAUGAUGGAAUCCUGCCUCUAUCUAGCAACAUUAGUAGUAUCGCAUUGGUUGGACCUUGGGGCAACGCUACCCAACAGAUGCAAGGCAAUUACUAUGGAGACGCCCCCUACUUGACCAGUCCAUUGGCGGCUCUGGAAGCCUCGAGCCUGGAGGUCAAUUACGCCUUCGGUACCAACAUAUCUUCAGAGUCCACCAUUGGAUUUGACGAUGCAAUGUCUGCCGCCGGGAAAUCCGAUGCAAUCAUUUUCGCCGGAGGCAUUGACAACACCGUUGAAGCAGAGGGCAUGGACCGCUCCAACAUUACAUGGCCAGGAAACCAGCUUCAACUCAUUAAAAAACUCAGCGAACUGGGCAAACCGGUCAUCGUUUUGCAAAUGGGUGGUGGUCAAGUUGAUUCCUCAUCUCUCAAGGCCAACAAGAAUGUCAACGCUCUCAUCUGGGGUGGAUACCCAGGUCAAUCCGGCGGACAGGCUCUUCUGGAUAUCAUCACCGGAAAACGGGCGCCCGCUGGUCGACUGACAACGACUCAGUAUCCUGCAAAGUACGCUUUGGAUUUCCCCGCCACGGAUAUGAAUCUCCGUCCCAGCGGAAAUAAUCCCGGCCAGACAUACAUGUGGUAUACUGGAAAGCCCGUUUUCGAGUUUGGACACGGCCUGUUUUACACAACCUUCAAGACCUCGCUUGCACGCUCAAGAAGCUUGAGCAACGGAAGCUCAUUCGAUAUUGUUGACCUUUUGUCGCGGUCUCACGAAGGUUACAAUACAGUGGAGCAGCUGCCCUUCUUGAACUUCACUGUUUCUGUCACCAACACAGGAAAUGUUCUCUCAGAUUACACAGCCAUGCUGUUUGCCAACACAACUGCCGGGCCCAAGCCUCUUCCCAAUAAGUGGCUGGUUGGUUUCGAUCGGCUCGGUUCUUUGAAAUCUCACACCUCCCAGGCAAUGACCAUCCCUGUCUCGCUGGAUAAUGUUGCUCGCACUGAUUCCCUCGGCAACCGUAUCGUCUAUCCUGGGAAGUACGAGUUGGCCUUGAACAACGAAAGAUCUGCAGUCUUGUCAUUUACCUUGACUGGAGAUGAGACAGUCAUUUCAAAGUGGCCGCUUGUCGAGCAGCAGAUCCCUUCUGCGUGA